CACCCACGGCACGCUGCGCGCCCAAGCAAACCAGGGAGCGCGGCCGACCGACCAGCCAGACCUGCGCAAUCGAAACCGAUCGACUCCCCUAUUAUUGGUCCCCAUCCCCAUGGGGCGGCGGCUGAGCGCGACCGCCGCCGCCGCGGCGGCGUCGGCGGAGCCGCUCCUCCCGCCGGCGCUGAAGCGCGGGGUGCUGAUCGAGCGGUGCGCGUCGCACGCCGACGACGAGCUGCAGUGGUUCCGCUCCUGCCUGCGGUGGGUGUGCAUGGACCACUCGGGCCCGGGCCAGGCCGCGCUGUCCUGGCUCCUCUUCCUCGUCCUCGCCGCCAUCGUCCCGGCCGCCGCGCACUUCCUCCUCGCCUUCCGCGCCUCGCGCCGCCCCUUCUCGGCCGUCGUGCAGCUCUCGCUCUCGGCCGCCUCCGCCGCGGGCUUCCUCUGCCUCUCCUCCUCCUUCCGCCGCGUCGGCCUCCGCCGCCUGCUCCACCUCGACAAGCUCCGCAGCAAGAGCGACCGCGUCCGGGCCAGCUACACGGCGCGCCUCGCCUUCUCCUUCCGCCUCCUCGCCUCCCUCGUCGCGCCGUGCUUCGCCGCCGAGGCCGCCUACAAGGCCUGGUGGUACGCCACCUCCGCCGACCGCGUCCCCUUCUUCGCCAACGACGUCCUCAGCGACGUCCUCGUCUGCUCCCUCGAGAUGGCCUCCUGGAUGUACCGCAGCGCCAUCUACCUCCUCACCUGCGUCCUCUUCCGCCUCAUCUGCCACCUCCAGGGGCUCAGGCUCGAGGACUUCGCCGGCUCCCUGCUCGAGGAAGUCGAGGAGGGCCGGGCCGGCGUCGAUGCCGUGCUAAGAGAGCACCUCGACAUUCGCAAGCAGCUCAAGGUCAUCAGCCAUCGCUUCCGUAAGUUCAUCGUCGCUGCGCUGCUCAUCGCCACGGCCAGCCAGUUCGCCUCCGUGCUCCUCACCACGCGACGCGACUCUGUCGACGACCUCCUCAACACCGGCGAGCUCGCGCUGUGUUCAGUUGUGCUCAUGUCCGGGCUCAUCAUAAUCCUGAGCAGCGCCGCCAAGAUCACCCACCAGGCGCAGGCCCUCACCGGUCACACCACCAAGUGGCAUGCCUGCUGCACCAUCGAGCCCGUGCUGGAGGAAGGGGAGCCCGGGUCCAACCAGAACUCCAUGAUCGACCAAGAACCCGAGAGUGACAGUGACACAGAGGACAGCGAGGAGACCGGCGACGAAGAUCUCCUGGAGAACACCAAGAUUCAUAUGCCGCACGCGCAUGUCAUCUCCUUCCAGAAGAGACAGGCACUAGUGACAUACUUGGAAAACAACAGAGCCGGGAUCACCGUGUUCGGUUUCACGCUGGACCGUUCGUACCUGCACACGAUAUUUAUGCUCGAGUGGACUCUGUUCCUGUGGCUGCUCGGUAAGACCAUCGGCUUCUCGUGAAGAAGACGGCGAUGAAAAGAAGAGAGGUGGCCUGUGUCCAACGUCCGGAUGGUCGUUUUUGAGAGGUUUCGCAUGUCGCGGUUGCCCUUUUUGGGGAUGGAUUUGGAUGUGCUUUGUUUUUCGGUCAUCGUGGAAGGGCUUUUUUUCGCGUGAGCCUGGCUGUUGGCACGGGAGCGUUGCGCGUGUACACCUCAACGCCUGUGUAUGAUAGCGAUUUUGUAUGAUGUGUGUGUAUAAAUUGUGAACCGUAAUUGUCCUUGUAAAUGAGCGUUGUACAGUCGUACACUGGUAAUGCUGUUUUUUACAAUCUCGUUGUAAGCCAACAUGUUGUAGCGAGAAUUUAGAUUGUAAAGAUAAAGAUUCUUGUUUUUUUAAAUCU